GUUAUCUUCCCCGCUGAGUUUUGCCCUGAAUUCGGCUGUCGGCUGCAUAGCAGAAGAAGCUCCAGUCAUCGAACAUGGCUGUAGGUAAAAACAAGAGGAUCUCCAAGGGCAAGAAGGGUGGCAAGAAGAAGGCAGCGGAUCCCUUUGCUAAGAAGGACUGGUAUGAUAUUAAAGCCCCUUCUGUUUUCAAAGAGAAGAAUGUGGGCAAGACCCUCGUUACUCGCACGCAGGGGACCAAGAUUGCUUCUGAAGGACUUAAACAUCGAGUGUUUGAAGUUUCAUUGGCUGAUCUCCAACGUGAUGAGGACCAUGCCUAUAGGAAGAUUAGGUUGAGAGCUGAGGAUGUUCAAGGGAAGAACGUUCUGACAAAUUUCUGGGGAAUGAAUUUUACAACUGACAAGUUGAGGUCAUUGGUGCGGAAAUGGCAAACUUUAAUAGAAGCUCAUGUGGAUGUGAAAACCACUGAUAAUUACACGUUGAGGAUGUUCUGCAUUGGAUUUACAAAGAGACGUGCAAACCAGGUGAAGAGGACCUGCUAUGCUCAAUCAAGCCAGAUUAGACAGAUCCGCCGGAAGAUGAGGGAGAUCAUGACAAAAGAGGCUACGUCCUGUGAUUUGAAAGAGCUGGUUAGCAAGUUCAUUCCAGAGAUGAUCGGCAAAGAGAUUGAAAGGGCAACGUCUAGCAUUUACCCUCUGCAAAAUGUGUUCAUUAGAAAAGUCAAGAUUUUGAAAGCUCCCAAAUUUGAUCUCGGAAAACUGAUGGAGGUUCACGGUGAUCAUACGGAAGAUCUUGGUGUGAAGGUAGACAGACCUGCAGAUGAAACAAUGACUGAGGAGCCCCAAGAAAUUGUCGGAGCUUGAUUGAAUGGGGAAUGCUUCUUUAAUUUAGGCGAUCAGCUACUUUUCUUCUCUGAGACAAAUUAGGCAUCAUGCAAAUGUUCCUAUCUCAAGCUGAGUGAAGCAUCUUUUUUUCGUUUUUCACGUUGAGAACAAGUGGUGUUCACAGUUGACGUCUGCAUUCAUUGUUUUUCUUUUGCUAUAGUGAAGUUUGCACUCUUGGAAGAUGGCUAUUCAUCUGAAUUUUAUGGACAUGCUAUAUUACUCGAUGUUGUUUUAUAAGGUAAGUUACAUUUUGUUGA